AUGCCGGUUACGACACACUUUUCUAGCAUUGGCGUUAAGCAGUCUGAAGUCAUCGAGACUGCUACAACAUUGGGAUGGACAAAUGAUCAUCAAGCGCAGGAUUAUCUCCAGAAACUGUUGAUCAUCGGUCGGCCUAUCCUUAGAGCACACAACUGGAAGAUACACCGCUUGAAAGAAUUUUACCCGCGUAGCGCGCGGCUGCUGGGGCAAAAUUUUAAUAGAGGGGAAGAAGUGUGUGUUAGAUUUCGUGUACCCAAGGAGAAGAACACAUUUUUCCCAUUUCAUGAGGUGGUUUGUACUUUUUUGCAUGAGCUUGCCCACUGCAAGUACUCCAAGCACGACCGGCACUUUUGGGAACUGUACACAGAGCUUUCAGUGGAGUGUUGCAGAUUAGAUCUAAAUGCUUCGCUAGAGAGGGAAGCUGCUGCCCCACCAGAUCGUCGUCAUACAGGCAGUGGUAGGCGUCUUGGCGGGAGCAGAAUAGUUCCACUUCCUCGCGAGCCAGAGGCGAUGCGGCGCAUUCUUUCUGAGGCUGCGGAGAGGCGCCGGCAAUCGAGUGAAAAUGGUCAGUGUUAUGGAUGUGCACACGACAAAACGGGAGUAGGGAGUGAGUUGAAUGACGGUUUGUGGACUUGUGAUAACUGCGAUGGCGUCAUUGAUGCUCUGCGUGGAAAGUGUGAGUUCUGUGUGGAGGUGGGCGACUCAACCGAACAAGUUGAGGAGUGGAGUUGUAAACGGUGUUCUUUUCAUAAUCACUGUGCUCUUGUGCAGUGUGAGGCGUGCGGUCGCUUCAAGUCAGGACGUACAGCUGACGGAACGAACACUGUUCAUACCGUGAAAGCGUUGGCAGCGUCGUCCGACCACUUGCUCUUCACCAUGACUUUGGGCCGAGUAGCUGAUGCGUUAGCUCCUAUCCUACAGGAAAUGCGGUGGAGUGUGGCAUGUCUUGAGGAAUUCGCGCCUCCAUUGAAGCGUGUGAUGUCAAGAUCUAGUUUCAAGAAUAGCAACGAGUGCGACACACUGAGCAUUCGCCUCCGCUCACCGAAUAAUCCCCACGAGCCUUUGACAUUUACCUGUGUGCUGGCGCAUGCACUGCAUCAGUUGGCGCAUCUGACAGAGAAGAACCAUGGCGCAAACUUUGUUCACACGUGGAUAGCUAUGAUUCACCGUUUUCUCACUGAAACAAAGGCGUUUAGUGACGAUUUCAUAAGUAGUCAAGAGCAAGAAGACCUUCUCUGUUUGGCAAUGGAGUUGGAAUUACUUCUUAAUGGAUUAAGUGGGAGAGAUACUGCGCUUUGUGACGAUUUGUUAGACAAUGUUCCUCAUCUGCAGCGACUUUUUGAGAACUGUGCCACCUUUGUUAAACGUGAGCGCCUUUUUACCGUUGCUACAACCCGUGAGGCCGGUGUGGUAGGACACAGUAAGCACUUGGAACUGUGGCAGUGCAGAAGAUGUAGCGUUAACAACAAUGGUGGUUUCAUCAUAUUCUGUGAAGUGUGUGGCGCGCCCCGCCAGCUUUCAGUGCUACUUCGUACAUCUCGCACUGUUGCCGUUCGUGCUGCUAGUAACGAAACGGUUAUUGACAUUUCCGAUGAUGACGGUGAUGAUGGUUCCGCGACGUCAGCAGGAGAGGCAACGAUUUCCCCCGGUGUCGUCUUCAUAAUUGAUUAG